CGUUUUCGUUUCGCGUCUUCGGGGUUUUUAUUUUCCGCACCGUAAACUCCUUUCUUGGCCACUCACAGCACGGUCUCACGUCACGUCGCGCGGUGUCGAUUCUCCCGUCGUCAUUUAAUGCUAAACUUUGCAUGAAUUCGGUUCGCGAUUGUCCUGCCAUCAGCAGCAGCAGCAGCAACAUUAGGAAGUGCAUCAGUGUGACAAAAGUGUGUGGUUCUUUUUCGCCCAAAAUUCCGCUGGGAAUCGGAAGUGUCCAGCAGCGCGGACGGAGCGAACGGUCGUGGAAGUGAUUCGGCGGAUUCCGCUGGGUGAAAAAUUCGGCUCUUUUGUGAUGGGACGACGGCAAUCAAAGAUGUCCUCAUAGCCCUAACAGUGAAUGCCCUAUUGUUCUGCCUUUGGUAGUGUGUGCGAAGGCAAGUGGCCAAAAUUGGCCCAUUUUUGGUUCGCAGUAGUGCUCCGCCCCGAGUGGCAACCUUCCCGAUUGAAAUGAGAGCAAAAUAUUGAUUGCGCGAGUAAUUGUUUUCGAUUGAAGUGUUGUGGAUGCAAAUUUGGUGACCCCUUCGGAGGAAUUCCGAUACAGCUGAAGAAUCGUGUUGGAAGAGGUAUCAUUUGAGUGAGAAGAAGUGCGAAAACCAAGCAGCAAUUCAGCUGCCAGAAAAGAAAGCGAAAUAAUUAUUUUUUCGAUAACGGAGCUUCCGUCAUCAUCAUCCGGCAGUCCCCAGGCUGUGCGAACCACUCGGAUAAACAGAACCGUCAGCAACCAAACAGCGAAGGAGGAAGCAAAUUUUAUGAUCAGCGCUGGUGCCCACAACAUGCUUUUUGAGGAUCUCACAUAAGUGUAUCGAUCAAGAAAAUGCAUGCAUUCCGAGUACGCCCCGGGGUACUAGUGUCCCCAUAGACUGACUGACAAACCGAGUGACAAUCAUCAACAUCAGCAAACGAACGAAAGAACGAACGAGCAAAGCCCUACGACCACCACCGACAACGAUCCAUGUGAGAUUAGAUUUCGCCGUAAUAAAAAAAAAGAAAUUCAGAAUCGUAAACAUAGAGAAGCACGUAAUAAAUGUAAUAGCAGUAGUUUACCAGUGAGAUUCCACCAUAGUUUAGUGCGACGCGCACGACGCGCCCGCCGGUAAGAUAAGCGUCAAAACACACGCAAGAGCAGCUCAAGUCAUAAGUCUAGUCAGUUUUAUUUGAGUCGUGAUCAUAUUUUUAUUCUUCGGUUUUGUAAAUCGCUGUGAUAUCUCUUCGACAGUAAUCCAUACUCUUAAAUCAGCUGUGCUCUCUCUCGCUAUAUCUAUCAGAAAACCCCCAUUUCUUGGAAUAUUUCCUCACCGUGUUUGGCCCUCGCGUAACGUGUUCUCCUCGAGUCUGGAAGUGUAUUGGUGCGAAUCUAUAUCUUCGAUUUUCCGGCGUUCGAGAAACUGUCAAGUGUUUAUACCGGGCUCGCAUGUUCAAAUCUCAGCUGGAGGAACCGAGCUGAGCUGAGAGGAAGUGAAGCGGUCCGGCGAACAUAUCUCUGGGUUUUUGGCUUUCUGUUCCCGCCUCGGAGUUGACCGCUAGAAGCGAAUGCAAACUGAGCGCGCGCGGUUCGAUAUAUAUUGCUGAUGAACAGAAAAAUAAUCGAGCACCAGAGAUAGUGACGGCGACGACGACGAGCAGAAGAAGGCGAUUUGGUGUGGUUAUCACAGGCCCCGUUUUUCGGUGCUCUGGUUCAUAUUCUGUGUUUCUGUUGUUUCGGAAUCGUACGGUGAGAUCAAGUGUGUGCGGGGAGAAAAAGUCGAUUGUUUUUGUGCGGAAUUGAUCAGUGUAACACCUCCCGAAAGUUUACCGUUGUCAGUAUCCAAGCACCUCGUGACGAGGGCAACGACAAAAAGUAUUAAAAACGGAUAAAAAUCUUCAGUGUCAAGUGCAACCUUUCGAUCCCCGGCUGCCAAAACGAAGGGAAACGAAUCCGGAUCCACCAUGCCGGUGAAUGCCAUCGGGACCGAUCAGCUGAGCGGUAUCGAGGAAGAAUCGGACAUCUACGAAGCGUUUUCGCCACACGUGGAUACAACCAACAUCUCGGUGUUGACCGAAACCCCACCAGGGAAGAAACCAAAUCUAAAAACAUUUCAAGAUGUGCAAUCACUCAUACAGCAAGGUAAGAAACGCGAAGCCAAACUAGUGCUAAGGGAAAACUCGUGGCCCACCAACUCGCCCAUUCGGUCGCAACUAUGGCCGGCACUCUGCACCCAACACCACGUCGGAAAAACGAUGCUGGAUGGCUUCUACUGGGAUAUGGUGAAUCAGGUCUUUGGCACGACAGAACUGCCCGAGAAACCGAUCAUGCUGCCGCCCUUCGUCGAUUCCACCCACUGUUUGCCGUACCACCUGACGCGGAAAGGCCGGGCGGUGGCAGAUCGGGUCGUCGGCGUCCUCGGCUACGCGUGCCCCGACAUCACCUACAGCCCCUCGCUGUAUCCCAUUACGGCGAUCCUGCUCCAUUUCAUGUCCGAGGAAGAAUGUUACCACUGUAUGGCGAGUUUGGUGGCACCCAAAGAUAAAGUGUUUAUCACGCAGACAAAAUUACUUUACGAAGUCACCUGGAAGACUGUGAUGCAAAUUGCCAAAAAACAUGCGAAAAACGCAGUACUGUAUUUAUCGAGAUUAUGCCCGGGCCAGAAGUCGGAGCGCAUCUUCAUGGACUGGUGUUGGUGGAUCCUCGGUGGGCUUCCGUUUCCGCACCUGGUGCGGGUGAUGGACUGCUUCUUCCACGAGGGCAUCAAGGUGUUCUACCGGGUUGCUCUCGCCAUCCUCAUUCUCUUUCACAAAUACUCGGCCACCACCAAUUCCGAGUGGGACGCCGACACAAUCAAGAACGACAUCGACAAUGCGCUACCAAAGUUCUGCAAAAACAUCCCGGUCUCGCCGGCCAAGCUCCUGCGGACGGCUUUUAGUAUAAGAGCACUUAGUUCAACCUACAUAUCUAGGAUUUUUCUAAAGACUGAAAUGGUACUAAAGAGUAAGUCAGUUCUUAGUGGUUCGAAGCAGAUGGUAAGAUCACGUUCUAGCGAUAAUUUACCAACGAGUCAAUCCCAAGUCAACGUACAAAUGAUGUCACAUACACUAACCAUUAGAGAGAAGUUGAUGAAUGAUCGGGAUUCCUGUCAGCCGAUGGGUGCCCACUCACCGGAUGUGAGAGUUUUAUCGAUGGGAGUUUUCCCAACCCAAGCAAUAAAGAGUAAAGUUUGUGAUCAGGAUGACCUUUUUACGCUUUGGUCCUGGCUGCCAGUUAGAAUAACAAUGUACCAGCCCGUACUGCUCUACACAACGGAGGAGCACGGAUGCUCACUGACGACAUUCUACGUACGAGUGGAGCAGCAUGAACCCACACUGCUGAUGAUCAAAACCUGCAAUAACGAGGUGUUCGGUGCCUACUGUUCAUCGCGGUGGUUCGAGCGUAACCUCAAGGACGACCGUGGCCAGCGGCAGGCGUACUUUGGCACCGGCGAAACGUUCCUUUUCUCUCUCUAUCCGGAGCGCGCUAAAUAUCCCUGGGUCGGUAUCGAGGGGGACAAGGGCCUCGGCCACGCAUCGGAGCUGUUCAUGGCCGCCGACUCCAAGAUGAUCACGAUCGGGGGAGGUGAGGGACAAGCAAUCUGGAUGGACGAGAACAUUCGCUUCGGCAAAACGGACCGCUGCCAGACGUUCAACAAUCCGCCGCUGUGCGCCUCCGGUGAUUUCGAAAUACGAGUGCUCGAAGUGUACGGUUUCGUAGAAUGCGAAAACGCUUGUUGAGAGUAAAAUAGGUAGUUCAUGAGAAGAUCAAGAGGAGAGACGUAUACAUAAAACUAGAUAAACUAGACGCGUAUAAUGCUAGGAAAGAAAUAGCUACUUUAAGGGAUAAUUAUUUUGUUUCGUUUUUUGAAAUGAGAUGAGAACAAGUCGUCGACGCGUCGUGCAGCAUCGUUUAGUAAGGUAACCGAACGGGAACAGUAAUAACAACGCUUCAAUAAAGAGCCGAAUCGUUCGUAAUGUGUUUGGUGAAUUGAGUAAAGCAAUAGGUAUCUACUCACGAAUUGGUUUUGUGGGUAACUCGUGGGAACUUUCCAUUGCGUUGCCCAUUUUGGAUGUCGGUCAGCGAACAUUUCGUUUGGUUCACGAUCAAUUGACGAGUCUACUAUUGAAAAAAAAAUAUGAUACAACGAAUACAUUUAAUUUAUUACCUCUUCCACUGUAGACUUUCUGUGCACUUUUCUUAUUGAAUCCGUUGACCACUUCAGGAGUUCUUGACCUAAGAGCAGUUGCGGUUCCCAAAAUCAUUCACCAUUAAGUCGCAUAUCUUUUUUGAUGCCUCCUCUAUACUCUUUAUGUUAUACCAAACGGUAUUUCAUUAACCUUCAUCCAGCCAACGAACCUUUUUCAAAGAAAAAAGUCGCCAGAAAUACCAUGGAAAUUCUGGGCGCGAGCUAGGGUUUUGAAAGCAUGAAAUCGACAAUAGAAAUCCUUCCUUUGGCUUUCACUCAUAGCUGGUUUGCAAAUUAAUUACAAAUCAAUUCGAUGAAUGCAAUCUUCUUCAAAAACUAUGCUUCAAACAAAAACAGCACGGCUCUUUUUGCUUAUGACGAUCAUAAAACACGAAAGCGCGAGCGUUUUUGGCAUCAACGCGUCAUAGAGGUCACAUUUUAAACCUAGGUUUUUGACUCUCAACUAACUCUGAACCUGUUGAACAAGUUUCUCGAAAAAGCCAUCCUUCUGUUCACUGAACAGCUUGAACAGGUUGAACGUUUUUAACAUCAAUGCCGCCAGGCCAGUAGCUAAAUUGCGAACCAAGGCCGCCGUUACCAGCUAGUACUCAUACUUUUGAACUUUGCACGACAUCAUUUUUCUUGCUAAUCGGAAUCUAAAGAUGUCCGUUGUACAAGGAAGGUAGCUAUUUUUUAUAUCCUAAAACAAUACGGAAUAACUCUGGAACCAAGUGAAGUUGGCACCCAUACCAUCCAAAUCUUAAACUAGAACAAUUUUUCAAGAAGUUGAAAAGUUAAUCAAAACCCAUAAAAAUGCAAAGUGUUGUGCAUAUGUUUGUGUUUUUCCGAAGAUGAAAAAGGUAUUUUGGCUGAAUCAAGGUUAAAAAGAAUAAAUCAGAGGCACACAAAAUAAGAGAAUCUCCAUAGGAAAUGGUUCAAAAAACUUUUUGAGGAGUUAUACUUCAGUUCCGAGCGUGACUGCACUUGUUUUAACAUAACCGCACUUCUUCAUUAUUAAUCAUUUUUCAAAUUGCUUCUAAUCAGUUGUUCGCCGCUACACCUCUAGAAAGCGAGAGAAAACAAAACAAAAAAAACGAUUAAAACAUUCCAUCGAGAUCGAGUUUGAUCAUUAAAAAUCAAAUGUUGAACUAACCCACAUUCUAGUCCCCAGCGCGUGCCCGCUGUCCUCAUCUUAGCUAUUUCGGUAUAUUAGAUUAAAAAAAAAAAUGUCGCGCUCAAACGCUUAGAACAACGAAAAGCAAAUCAAUGAACCUAUGUUUUACUAAAUAAGUCUUCUGUUUGGAAAAUUUGUUAUCGUUAUUUUAAAAAAAAUGACAGAUCCAGCUCGAACAACAGUUGGAUACUGACUUUGAAAAACAAAACUCCGGAGCAAUAUCUGCCAUAUGGAACUGCUGCACUUCUCAAUCCCGUAUUAUAAAGAUAGAUAUAUUUGAGGUGUAAAAUAGAGCGAUCGAUUCAUUCACAACGAAAAUGCAUCUGUUUUUAAACAAAAAGAACCAAGUAAUGUUACACUCAAGCGUAAGUGAAGCACCGACGAACCGACGUGACAGCUAGAAUAAAUAAAUUCAAAUUUCUUGUCCUGAUAGCAAGGUGACUGAUAGCAAGUCACUUUCAAAAGAUUUAUUUUCCUUAAAUUUAGCUUAUUUUCUUCAGUGCUAUCUGAAAGGCUUUGCUAAAAAUUCUGUUGAAAAAAAUCUAGGAUUUUUUUCUACUUCUGCCAAAAGUUCUUCAAAGGGAUCAGACGGAAAAUAUUUAAAAAAAUAUAUGCUAAAAAUUUAGUUAGAAUUCCUCCAAGAACUGAUCCAGUUUACCGUCCUGGGUAUUUCCCUAGAAACUCAUCCAGAGAAUUCCUUUAAGAAGUUCGUUCUGAUGAUUCCUCCAUCUGUGGAUUAGGUACUCCACGAAUUUCGUCUGAGGAUUUCUUGAAGAAUCCCUCCAGAAAUCCCUUCGGGUGACGCCUCCAGGAGUUUCUUCGGGAUAUUCUUCCAGAAAUCUAAGGAUUUCCCCUGGGAUUCCUAUUGGGGAUUCCUGCUGGAGCUUCAUCGUUUAGUUACCACUGGAAUACUAUCUGAGAAUUCCUUCAAGAAUUCAUGUUGGGGAUUUUCUCAGCAAUUCCUAUUGGUAAUUCCUCAAGACACUUCUUCAGGAGAUCCAUCAUAGAGUUGCCUCUGAUAUCUCUAAGAAGUUCUUCUGGGGUACCUCCAGGAAUUCAUUCUGGCUUUUUUCUUUCUUCAGAAAUUUCAUCUUGGGAUUAAUUGAUCACAGGAUUUCUGUAGGAACUGAUGGAGGAUUCCCAGAAGGAACUAAUGUAGGAUUUAAAUGCUCUUGGAAUAAUUCCCAUAAGAUACUCCAGAGAGAACAAUCUGAAGUAUUCUCAAAAAAGAAUCUUUUAAAAGAUUCUCUCAAGAGGAUUUUUAGAAUAAAUUCUGAAAAAGGAAGUCAUGUAAAUACUUGAAGGAUGCUCAGGUGUCAAUUCUGAAGGAUUUUGAACCUUUUUUUCGUACUUCAUAUCUGAAGAAUUUCCUAAAAAAGGUUCUGCAGGAAUCCCACAAUGAACCUACAGGAAAACGCUUAGAGGAUACCUAGUAGGAAAAUCAGGAGAAUUUCUCAAGACUAAUCUGGACGGCAUUCAGCACCGGAAGCUGUUAGAGGAAUUGUAAAGCGAAUUCAUGGAAGCGUUCCAAAAGGAACUUCUACAAGGAACCUCAACCAAAAUGUCUACUAGAAUAACCAGAGGAAACUUGUACAGGAAUCUCAGAUGGAACCCUUGGAAGAAUAUCAGAAGAAACUCCUGGACGAAUUCCUGAGUAAUUGGGGUUUCUGGUUUUGCAGUUUUCGAUUCGCAAUUCCAGAUGGAUUACAUAAAAAAAUGCCAUAAUGAGCCUAUUUGAGAACCAUAGAAGGAAUUCCUGAACCCUGAUGAAAGCCCAAAAAAACUUUUGGAGAAUUCUCCUCCACUUUCUCAUCUUCUUGACGUGACGUCCUCACUGGGACAAAGCCUGCUUCUUAGCUGUUUAGUGUUUACUCUGUGCCCAAGACAGUCAAAGAAAAUUUCCAUGUUCAAUAUCCUCACGUUCAUACGCGCCAACUUGUGACGCAGUUGGUCAAGACGUUUCAAUACCAAUCAAAUGUGGAAAAUAUCGACGCAGUUCAUCUAAUUUGGGCAUAUAGUCUAUUUUACGAGUCGAUUUUAUGAAUGAAAAUUUGACAGUAGGAGGCAUCCUGACUGUGUAAUCUAUAUCAUCAUCAAUAUUGUUGUCACUUCUUAAAAUGGCUCAUACACGUGAAAACUAGUGCAUUCAGGGGUGUAAGUUGACUGUCAACUGGGAACAAAUUUCGCCUACCGUCUAACUUGUUUUAGAACCAGUAGAAAGACGUAACUGCCACACAAGAAAAUUUCAAUUUUCGUUUGCAAAGUUGAUUUCAAUACCGUUUUAUCAUGCUAAACGCAAGUCCGUAGGUGAUUCACACAUAAAGGAUGUUAUAUUCAACAUAUUAGAUUAAAAAAAUCAUUCCGGAAACAUCGCUGUUCUGUUUUCACCAUUAUGAAAUAUUAGCCUCUACUCUCGUUUGUUUUUGUUGUUCUUUUGUUUGAAGUGUGGAAAUCGGCUGAAAAUUGAAAACUUCCUGGGCGAUUAUUUUGGAUAAAUGUGAAGAUAAUUCAACACUAUGACCCAAUAAAUUUCGAUAAUUAUCGAAAAUGCUGAUCAUAAGCAUCCAAAGCGAGAGAAAAACACUGAUGUUUGUUUAGGCUGACCAGAUUUGACCCGUUUAAAUACGGGACACAUUCCGGAAACUCAACAAAAAGAAAAUCAAUGCCCAAAAACAGAAGUGCAUGUUGAAAAUAAUGCUAUUUCAGCUAGAAAGAACGAAUAAUUGAGGUAAAAACUGUAACUAUGCUCCAGAGACGAGUGUUUGAAAAUUGUGUUGUCCCGUUAAAUCUUCUUCUUCUUCUUCUUGCUUCUGGGUGCUCUUUGUAUUAACAAAGAGCGAAAAAUGGCGCAGCGAACUAGCGCUAUAUUGCCAGUUAAUUUUUGGUUUAUACUCACUCAAUUAGAGUUUACUUUCUGGUGAGCACGCCGCGAACACGACCGAGCGUGUCGAUCGCUGCAGUCGUACUGGACGGAUGGUCAGCCUAUGUUUGUUCUCAGGCCCGGAUUAAGACUUGUGGGGGCCCGGGGCCAGAGCGGAUGUGGAGGCCCCUCGGUGGUACAAAAGCCAUGAGUAAAUAAGCUUUUCUUUGUUUUUGUUAAUGUUUAGCAAGCAGAAAUUUUUUUGUGGGGGCCCCUAAAAUGUGGGGGCCCGGGGCCCUGGCCCCCCGGCCCCCCCUUAGAUCCGGCCCUGUUUGUUCUACUGUUUAUGUUUAUAAAACCAUUAAACAAAAGAUGUUUACAAAUUAGAACCAACAGUAGAUGGCGCGCAGGUGGGCAUGUUUGGGUGGGCGUAAAGGGUAGGAUCUUACACCCCUGAGUGCAUUGAGUUGAAAAAAGUUGAAUUUUGUCCAAUUUUGGAGAGCUUCACCAAAGACCUUUGGACUUUGGCUUCACCCUUGGCUUCGCACCUUCAAGUACGUUCAAGUACCUUCAAGUGCGUCAAGUUGACGCAUAUGUUCACGUUUAUCACUGCGGAUAUAUGGGAUCAGAAGGAGUUACUUAGGAAUAUCAGAAAACAAAACUUGAAUUACCAAAGGAACUUCUGAAGAAAACUCUAAACCAAGAAACAUCUGGGUUAACUUAUGCUGAUUCCUCGAACCUUCUAAGUAGAAUAUUCCCUUCGAUAGAGUGAAAUGAGUUUUCGUACUUGUUAAUUCCACCCACUAAUCUCUAUUCUUUGACAGAUAAGGGUAUUGCGACUACUUCUUGCACUCUACCCUACUCUGGAUGUACAUCCGACACUAAAGACGAUUGCAAUCGGAAAUCAAAAUACGCAAAUCUGUCACAGAAUAAGCAUUAGUUAUUCGUGGAUCGGCACUACGGUCCUGCUGAUCAAUCAAAGCAACCUUAUGUUAAGGUACUUGUUUCAUUCCAUGUAUAUGAAAUCGUUCACUAAAGAAGUCGUCAUCCACAAGAGAUCUCACAUAACGAAAGGUUGUAAGCACCAGGGAAGCGGAAAUUCAAGAAUCAAGAACUUCUUCUACGUGUAUUCAAGAUAAGCUGAUUGAAGUCGUCGCGUCAGAAGCUUGGAGAUUCGAACUAUCCAGUAUGGAAGUUCCGGAUGGAGCUGGUGUUGAUCCAAGAAAAACUUCAAGCAGUCGUCACCGAACCCAAACCGGCAGAUGUGGAUGCCAUCUGACGGAACAGCAAAGGACAAGUGGGACGGGUUAGAGACAUGUCACGAGAGGUCAUUCUUGCAAGUAAUGUCCAUGUGUUGCGAAAGCUGUUCUCACAGUGAUUACUCGAAGGAGGACCCGCAUAAACGAUAACCAUAAGAUGUGCUUAACCACCUGUGCAACGGAAUUUAGAUACAAGACUGUGAUGUGCGAACGAUUUGUGGAACGUGCUAUGAGGGCAAGUUGGCUAGGCUGCCAUUCCCGAAGGCAUCCGAAAUAUUGAUCAAAACGGUAGCAGAUCUUAUCCACAUGGAUCUGGCUGUUCCGUUCGAGAUAACAUCGCUGAGUGGACUUCGUUACAGUAUGGUCGAUUUUUUGCGUUACGCAGUGUUGUAUCUGCUGCGCUGCAAGUCGAAGGUGCACGGAAAGAUCCAUCAGUAGUUGAUCAAGAUUAGCUGAAGAUUGUUUGAGCUGAUGGCGGUGAUGAACACUCCAGCGCAAAACUUAGGAAAUGUCUGGCGGACAGCGGCAACCCACUGCAACAAACGGCACCGUACAGCCGUCAACAAAUUGGGAUCACUGAAAAGAAGAAUCGAUCAUUGGGAGAAAUAAAGCGUUGUUCGCUGACCGCACCGAAGCCGAUCUUGACAAGAAGUUUUGGGGUGAAGCUACGAAUUACCUGCAGAACAUCCUACCUACGAAAGCAGCGAAUAUGACCCCGUAUGAACUAGAGCACGAUCAAAAACCAUCGUAUGCCCAUCUCCGGAUGAUUGGAUCCACAGUAUGGAUAUACAUUCCUAGUCAAAAGCGAAGAAAGCUGGACCAAACAGCCGAGAGGAUGGUGCUAGUAAGCUACCUUGAGGGACGCAAUGCCUAUCGACAACUCAACUCGGAAAAUUUGUACCAUCACGAUCAGUAAAGACGUCAAGUUCGAUGAAACUUCUGUAAUCAACAACAGCAUGAAGAUUGCCGACGAUUGAAGUAUCAAAUUGAAUGGGUAGGCUUUUUACAACGAUGCACUAAAGCAAUUUUUGAAGACGAUUUUCGAGCUUUGCCUGUUGGGCAAGCAAAUGACGAACGAGUGGAUGAAGCUGAGGUAGAUGCAAGUGUCGUACUGGACGAUAAUAUGAUUGAUGCUGUUCCGAAAGAGAAUACCAUGCAACCACCACGAAGAUGCCUAAGGUCAUUCAAAGACAUUACGCUGAAAUGAUUACUCCUGUGCGCUGAAACUGGUAUGAAUUGGUAGACCCGAAGGCCUUUGCCGAGGCGAUAGCAAGUACCAAACACGAUGAAUAGCGUUCUGCCAUGCAGGAGCAGUAGCAGUCCAUUGAAGACAACGAUACCUGGGAGUUUGUGGACAUACCAACCAUUGGCGUAAAUAGGGGUUUGCCAGGGGUGGUUCAGGUCUUCAAAAUUAAGUGGGGUGCUCAAGCAAAAAUCACCCGGUUCAAGGCUAGACUGAUUGCUCAAGGAUACAUCCAGCAGUACGGCAUUGGUUACGUUCAAAUUUUUGCUCCUAUGACUCUUCAAACGACAUUCCAGACGUUGCUGGGAUUACAGCUAAAUAAGAUCAGUUCUAUACGGUAAUCUUGAGAAGAAACCACCCGGAUUCAUCGUACAGGGACAGGAGAGCAAGGUUAUUGUCUUAAGAAAAGUAUUUAUGCAAUGAAGCAGACUCACUUGCAAAGAGUUACACUCACUACCUAUUUUCUCAGCUCAGAAGCGUGCAAUCAAAAAACGAUAUAUGGACGACUUUUGCCUUGUGAUGUGGUCUAAAAGAUUGCCAAAUAGAGUAGGGGUCGCACGCGCAUACCAUAGUAGUCACAGAGCUGUGAAAGCGGCUAUUCACGAGGUGAGUGAAAUUUACAUUCACUUCGUGGAAAGAUGGCUUCGCAGCGCCCUCACGACUUUGGGACGCGUGUGUGACCCCUUCUCUAUUCGGCAAACUUUUAGACUAAAUCACAAGACAAAAGUCGUCCAUACAUCGUUUUUUGAUUGCACGCUUCUGAGCUGAGAAAAUUGCAAGUGAGUGUAAUUCUUUGCAAGUGAGUGUUCCCAUCCUUGCAGGCCGUGAGAGCUUGAAUCCGCAUGCUGCACAGUGUGCACACAGAGGUGCUACGCUGCCGUUCUACGCAUAUUUGUCCCAUGUUAUAUGGGAUUCCCAUAUAACAUGGGGCAAUUGGGCGUAGAAUGGGCAGUAACGGGCGGGUUUUCAGAAGUGUGAUGCCGAUCCGUGUGUCUAUCGGAGAAAGAAAGAAGAUAACCAUUAGUGCUACAUCCUCGUCUAUGCCGUUAACUAAAGAAGUCGUCUUCCAGUAGAGCUCUCACACACCAAUAUUAGUGAGCGUGAGAUCAUUCAAUCGAAGAUCUAGGAGAAUGGCAGAAGAAACUCAAGGAGGAAUUUAAAAAGGCGCAUCUUGUUGAUUCCCAGAAGAAACCAUUGAAGAUAUCUCAUAUGGAACUCGUGGAGAAAUUCCAGGAGUCAGCAACUUCUCAUGCUAUUCUGAAAGAACCGAGUGAAAAUGGACUAGAUUGCCUAGAAAUCUCGCGCGUGAAAAAAUGAUCCAGAAUCGCGCGCGAGUUUGCUCACGCAGGAACGGUUUACGAGUUAACUUUGAGUGUGAUUUUACCAAUACUGCAUGUCCUAUCUUAGAGAUAGGGUUUGUGUGCCAUCAGUAAUCUCAUGCUCCCAAUUUCAUCCUAUUCGAAAACAAGCGAUUACGGCACCGAUUGAUUCCGUUCUUUUUGUUUUCAUGCGUGCUCACUUCUAACAAAAAAAAUACAAAAAUAAGAAACAAAACAAACAGUGCUUCAAUCCUUUGUUUUUCGUAGGAUGAAAAUGGGAGCCACAUGCUUAAUAAGCGAACCAAUACCCUAUCUCAAAAGAAACUCUCAAUGGGAUCGAAUUCCUGGAGUAAUCUCAGAAGACACUCAUGGCACAAUUCACGCUGGAACUUUCAAUGCAACUCCUGGAGAAUCCCCGCAAUUCACGGUGGAACUUUUUAGAGGAACUCCUGGAGAAUCCCCGAUGAAACCUCUUAGUAUACCAAAAACUUGGCAUAUAAUGACAGCAAUAAUGGCAGUCAAUUUAUUUUGGUGGCCAGUUUAUCAAUCUCCGCAACCUCUGUAAGAGUUUUUGAGAACAAACCUUAUUGAACUUAUUGAAGAAUACUAAAGAAUAGGUCUCCAGUUAGCCUGGUGAAUGAGGCUUUCGAUCACCAAUCCGGAGACGGCGGAAUUGAUUCCCGUUAGUUGAGGAAAUUUUCUCGAUUUCCUGGACAAGGUGUAUUAUUGUGCUUGCCACGAUGUGUUCAAAGAACACUAAGGUUAAGAGUAGUAGACCAAAUCCUAGUAGGAAUGUAGAGCCAUGAAAAGAAGUAGAGAAUGUUGCUUAAUAUCUUUCCAAAACUACUUGAACUAGUCUAGACAUCUCUAAAAAUGCUAAUAUUUACAUCUCUCGCAACAACUUCUGGUGAAUGUCUUAGAAGAUGGUUCUCUAUUUUUUGUCGAAGAUAUUUGUAAUAAACAUUGGUUUGCAUGAUUAUUUCUAUAUGCAAAAUGUCAAACAUUUUGAUCGAUCGCUCUUGUUUACCUAAAUACAACUAUCUAUUUCUUCUGGGAUGCAACCUGUUUUUUUAUAUUGAGAUUUAUUUAAAACUUAUGGUUGAAUUGUGAAUAACUGAUAAAACAAAGAAUUACUUUGUAUAGCUUACAAGAAAAAAAUAAUAACAAGAUACGAGGACAAACAUGUAAAAUGUAUUCUCAAUAAAACAAGCAUUGUAGAAGAGGAUUCCUGCUUGAAAAGCAUGAUUUCACAAAUAAGAGAACCAAUAGCUAAUAGCAAUAAACAUCCGAAUCCGGAUGAGGUGAAAUCGGACAACAAGAUUGAUCAAUCUACAUUUAGUGUGACGACUUAUCCAGAACAUUCAAAUCGUUUCCAAAUCAGGGAGGACAUGCUUUCUGAAUUGCAUGCUUCUACGACUUUCCUUACAACCCAAAUGCUAAUCGUCGUUGUGUGUAUGUAUCUUUAUCUGUACGUUUGUAUGUGUGCAACGUUCGUAGCCGCAUUCAAAUCGGAAGUUUUAGCCAUAUUUACUGCGUGUAUAAAUCUGAGCAUAGAACAAAUCGGUAUUUGAGAGGUUUUAGCGGUAGUUGUUUUAGUAGAGCGUUCCGACUGCAUCAAAUGGUCAUUCAAUAAGCUUCACAUGUACUCUUACAUACAUAUAUCAUACAAACCAUCAUGAAUAAAACAAAACAAAAAUCCUAAAAUAAUCGAUAGAUGUCGUGUGAAUUGUGUUGAACCAACUCCGUUAACUAGGUUAUAAAACCGCGUGUUCGCCUAUUAUUGACGGGAAACCGAAGAGGAGAAAUCGUAAAAUACUGUAGAAGUAGUGAUGUAAGAACUUUACUAAGCAGUGCUUGGUUUGUGAAAUUGUACCCGUUGGAAAUCGCUUGGAAAGCUUACGAGUUAUAUUGAGAGAAAGACAAUUGUAUUGAAAUAUAUGCUUUAACAAAGUUUACACACCAUUCGUACUGUUGGAGAAGUUGUGCUGAGACAGUGGGGGUCAGAAGAAUCAGACGAGGAUAGCAUUAAUAGGGCGCUACGCAAGCGGUUACAUUACAUUGGCUAAGAGUUUAUCACCGAUUCCGACGGCAAGCGUUGGGAUGUGCUGUAAUAUAGUUUUUUUUUUCGCUGCGAUGUUGCUGCAAAGUAAAAUUUGUUUUUACGAUUCGAUAUAUGUUAGGUUAUCUAUUUACAACGUGAACAACUUGAUUCAGUUAUUAGCUCAAUAGGAGGAAUGUUAUAUAUUUUACUGUAUAGUUAUUAUUCAUUACUAUUACUGUUAUAUUAUAGCUCUGUAGGCGCGUAACCUAUGUUAUUGUGAUUUUUAUUAUUAAUAUAAAUAUUUUUGUUAUAAAUGAACUGUUCAUAUAGUGUUUGUACAAGUAUGAUUUAUUUAUAUUUAGUUUACGCUGGAAAAGUAAGACAAGCAAAGGAUAGCAGUGAAUGAUGAAAGCAGUUGGAAAUAAACAUGAAAAGAUUA